UCACAGUAACAAACUUUCUCGCCCAAAUCCAUCCAGCCCGUCGCCGCCCGCCGCCCGCCGCGCGCGCGCGCACCCGAGCUCCCGCUCCCUCCCCUCCGAUGGCGGCGGCGGCGCGCUCCCUCGCGCUGCUCUCGACCGCCUCCGCGUCCCUCGGCCUCGGCGUCGCGCGCUCCUCCGCCCGCCCUCGGUCCCCGUUUGGGCGGGGCCUCGCCCUCCGCGGCCUGUCGUCGUCCUCGUCCUCCUUCGCCGCCACCGCCGCGGUGAUGGGGAAGGCCGGCACCGCGGAAGCCGCCGACGCCGGGAUGGACGCCGUCCAGCAGCGGCUCAUGUUCGAGGACGAGUGUAUUUUAGUGGACGAACAGGACAACGUCAUUGGCCAUGAUUCCAAGUAUAACUGCCAUCUCAUGGAAAAGAUAAAUUCUGGUCAUGUCCUCCACAGAGCGUUCAGUGUUUUUCUUUUCAACUCCAAAUAUGAAUUGUUACUUCAGCAAAGGUCUGCUACAAAAGUGACAUUUCCACUUGUCUGGACAAACACUUGCUGUAGCCACCCUCUAUACCGCGAGUCCGAGCUCAUUGAAGAUAAAAGCCUAGGGGUCAGAAAUGCAGCACAGCGGAAGCUAUUCGAUGAACUGGGAAUACAAGCUGAAGAACUACCUGUUGACCAAUUCAUUCCUCUUGGGAGGAUGCUUUACAAGGCUCCAUCUGAUGGAAAAUGGGGCGAACAUGAACUGGACUACCUCCUAUUCAUGGUUCGUGAUGUGGAGCUCAGCCCGAAUCCUGAAGAAGUGGCCGACGUCAAGUACGUGAAUCGUGAUGAGCUGAAGGAGUUGCUCAAGAAGGCAGAUGCUGGUGAAGGCGGCAUUAAGCUGUCCCCUUGGUUUAGGCUGGUUGUUGACAACUUCCUCAUGAGAUGGUGGGAUCAUGUUGAGCAAGGGACUCUGGAGGAGGCCAUCGACAUGAAAACAAUUCAUAAGUUGUAGAGUAUAAAUCGUUGGGCAACGUCCUUAGAAAAUAAAGAAUUGUUGCUUUAACCUUUUCACGGAAAUAAUCCAGAAAGAAAUACAUGUUCUUAUGCAGGUUUUAUGAGGUAGAAGCAAAAACUUACCGGAAUCAUGCUCUGCCAGGAGCUUAUAAGUUUUCUAUUGGAGUUGGAUUGGAGUAAUGUUCA